CCUCCUCCCCUCCCUCUCACACACUCCCCCUCUCCCCCUCAGUGCGCUGCGGGGCUGCGGGCCGCAUGGACCGUAACCGGAGUCUCUGGCCGCAGCUUCAGUGUCUGAACGGGAGCGAGAGCGGAAUCCUGAAUGGAUCGUGCGGGGAAACGGGGACAGGGAGAGCUGCCCUCACCGGGAGAAAAGACCUUGAUUACACCGUCAGGAUCCUGCUGUACUCAAUCAUCUUCCUCCUGAGUGUGUUCGGAAAUACAAUGAUUAUUUUGGUGCUCAUUCUCAACAAGAGAUUGCAGACGGUCACCAACUCUUUCCUGCUCUCGCUGGCCCUUAGUGAUCUGAUGGUUGCUCUUUUCUGCAUGCCAUUCACCCUCAUCCCCAACCUGCUGGGAGACUUCAUCUUUGGGCAGGCCAUGUGUAAGAUCACCGCUUAUUUCAUGG